UUGUUAUAUUGGAACUCCACGGCCUACGGCCUGCCGUCGCCCUACGACCGGGAGCAGGCCGGCUCCAUCCUGCCCAUCGCGCUGCAGUUCCUCACGCCGGCCUACAUCUCCGUCAUCGGCAUCGGCGCCGUGGCGGCCGCCGUCAUGUCCUCCAUGGACUCGGCUCUGCUGUCCUCCGCCUCCCUGUUCUCCUCCAACAUCUACAAGAACAUCAUCCGGAAGCAGCUGACUCUGAUUCUGGUUCUGGUUCUGCUUCCCCUGUGCCCCCCCCCCCAGGCGUCGGACUACGAGAUGCAGUGGGUGAUCCGGAUCUCGGUGGUGGUGGUGGGGCUGGGCGGCACGGCCCUCACCUUCCUGGACAACAGCGUGCUGGUCUUCUGGCUGGUGGGCGUGGACAUGUCCUACACCAUCAUGUUCCCGCAGCUGGUGUGCGUGCUCUUCUUCAAGGUGUCCAACGGCUACGGCGCCUCCGUGGGCUACAUGCUGGCCUUCCUGGUGCGGGUGCUGAGCGGCGAGCCGCUCAUGGGGCUCCCGCCCGCCAUCAAGUUCCCCGGCUGCCGGCCGGACAAAGAGGGGAAGAUGACCCAGUACUUCCCCUUCCGCACGCUCAUCAUGCUGGUCUCGCUGGUGUCCAUCCUGCUGUUCUCGUGGCUGGCCUCCAUCGUUUUCAACAAGGGCCUGCUCUCCGAAAAGUGGGACGUGUUCGACAUCCGGCGCAAGAGGAAACAAACGGCCCGGGCCGCCGGCGUCAAGAUGGCGCCCGGCGGCGAGGACGCCGCGGCGGGGAAGCAGCUGCUGGACACGACCAGCUGCUGA